AAUUGAUACAGCACAACCCGCAUUUGGCACUCUCUAGCGAACACCGUGCAUAAAGAACUGCAAUUCACUAUGUCUGGUCUCGUAAAAGCCAAGAAGUAUGAUUGGAAAGACUCCAAUUUGGCUCUCUUCGGUUCCGACUUGGAGAAAAAUGUGAAGAAGGAGUCCGCUGAGGGUGAGCCCGCGUGGGAGGGCGCCGGAAAGGAGGUCGGAGUCCAGGUGUGGCGCAUCGUCAAGUUCAAGGUUACACACUGGCCCAAGCAGGACUAUGGACACUUCUACAACGGUGACUCCUACAUCGUUCUGAACACCUACAAGAAGGAUCCCAGCUCAGAGGAGUUAUCAUACGACGUGCACUUCUGGAUCGGAAGAUUCUCAAGUCAAGACGAGUACGGCACUGCUGCGUACAAGACCGUAGAAUUGGACCACUUUCUGGAUGAUAAGCCCGUUGAGCAUCGUGAGGUGGAAGGACACGAAUCUACGCUUUUCAAAAGCUACUUUGACGCACUCAUCACUCUAAAAGGAGGGGCGGAGACUGGAUUCAGGAGAGUCAACCCGGAGGCAUACAAGCCCCGCCUUUUGCACUUUUGCAAGAAGAACAAAAAGAUUGAGGUGACGGAGAAGAGUUUGAAGAGGGCCAACAUGAACAACGGAGAUGUGUUCAUUGUUGACUUGGGUCUCACACUUUACCAGUGGAACGGCAGUCGCUGUAGCCCCGAUGAAAAGUUCAGCGCUGCGCACUUCAUGGACAUUAUCCAGUCCCAAAGAGCUGGAAAGCCAAAGACCAAGACUUUAGAUCGGCAGACGGUUGAAUAUUUCAAUGACAAGCUGGCUGCCGUCAUUCCUGAAGGCAAACCAAAGAAGGACAAGAAACCCGAGUCAAAACUUGAGAAGGUUUUGUCAAAGUUGUCCGAUGCGUCCGGACACUUGGUUUUCAGUGAGGUGUCACGUGGUUCUGCAGUCAAGCGAAGUCAGCUCAACACCAAUGAUGUCUUCAUCAUGGAUUCUGGCGACCAUUGCUAUGUGUGGAGCGGCAAGGGUUCCAGUGUUGACGAGCGGAGGAGGGCCAUGGAAUUCGCACACAAUUACCUUAUGAAGAGCGAUAGCCCAUUCCUUCCUAUCACCUGUGUUGUCGAGGGGAACGAGACUGAUGACUUUAACAAGGCCUUCUAGACGACGUGCGAAGUUCCAGCAGUCAUAACAGCAAACGUUGCAAGUCUGGUUGUGCAGUGAAACAUAAGUUAAAUAUAAACAUUUUAGAUUUUUGGUUGUAAAAAAAACAGUCUAUCAAAUGGAAUAAAAUAAACUCUGUUUAAGCGACGCCACAGAUUUAUCUCUAUACACUGCUGAUAACCGCAAUAUUCUACAGCGACAACUUCCUAUUUAAAUGUUCCAAUGCUAAACCACCGAACUCCUAAAAAAGAGAAACCGCAGGUGACAUGUUAUCCAUUUUACAUCAUGAUCUCCUCGUAGAUGAGAAUCAGUCCUUUGGCUUCGCCGUUAUUUUUCUGUACUCGUUUCGCUUUCUCCGCAUCACGAGCGAGAAAGAAAUUUCUACGAAUAAGGGGAGAAAAUCAGUUAAAUCAGGGAUUUUAAAACUACUCCUCGAAAGGGUCGAGUUUAAUUCGACUUUAGUGGGGUAAAUCUAACUCCUGAUUGUUCGAUAUUAUUUUCUGUUUCAUGUUUACAUGGCCUAAACAAAAUUGUAAAGAACAUAACCAUAGCUAAGAGUAAGACUGAGCUAAGAGUCCUUAGAAAGCCAGAACUUAGGGAUAAGAUCUGAAACGAGCCCUCUGACUUGUUUUUUUGUGUGUGCCUUGUUGUGAAGCGCUCUGAUUAGUAUGUAAGUUUACGUGACGUGUAGUUGUGUGACUUGUUUACGUGACAUGGAAUAUUUAUUGACUUCCCAUAUAUAGAGCGAUACACGCCCAUCUAAUGAUAAGUUAUCGUAUAAAAGCUGGACCUCGGUACUUGCAAGGUCACGUUUGAAGGCGUAGCUGCAUUGGAUUCGUUUAAAAAUGUCUGGUCUCGUGAAAGCCAAGAAGUAUGAUUGGAAGGACUCCAAUUUGGCCCUUUUCGGCUCCGACUUGGAGAAAAA